AAAUGCGUGGUCUUACAUCACGCACGCGGGCUUCGCAUUCUCGCAAUUAGUCGCCAAAUGUCCGUCAAUCAAGAACAACAAAUUAGUAAAAUGACGAUUCGGGAUAUAUUUCUAUAAUAUAAGAGUUCGCGAGGAAUGAUUCUUAUUAUCGAAUAAGAAUUGACGAUCCGUGAAAAAACGGUUAAUUUUUUAAACGACGCCAUUUUUUUGCACCAACGCGCAUUUUCUAUGUUAAAGGAUUUAAAGCUCUGAAUAAAGGAAAUAUAAUUAUGUUAAUUAAAAAUACAGGUGGAUUUUGAUCAUACCUUUGAAAAGGAAUACACCGGACUGGGAGCUACAUUCGGAUUCGUCCAAACGUUAGUCGCACCAGCGCAGAGACAGUCGAUACCGGGGGUGUCUUCAGAAAACCUGGUACGGGAUCGGAAGUCUUCAAGCACCAGAAAUUGCCUGGGAACAUGGAACGAGGAUUGCACGAACGUGAUAGAGUUGGCGUUCAGGACUUCGUUCUGCUGGAGGACUUUCGCAGCGAGUCCGCCUUCAUCGACAAUCUGCACAAACGAUUUAAGGAGAAUCUCAUUUACACGUACAUUGGCCAAGUACUGGUGUCAGUGAAUCCUUAUAAGAAACUUCCCAUUUAUACUCCGGAGACCAUCCUUUACUAUCACGGGAGAAACUUCUUCGAGGCACCUCCUCACAUUUUCGCUCUUACGGACACUGCCUAUCAAUCUCUAGCUAAAGAGAAUCGCAACCAAUGCAUCUUGAUUUCGGGCGAAUCGGGAUCCGGGAAAACGGAAGCGUCCAAAAAGAUCUUAGAAUUUAUUGCGUCUGCUACCGGUCAUAAAAAACAAGUAGAAGAAGUGAAUAAUAAAUUGAUUGGCAGCAAUCCCGUGUUGGAAGCUUUCGGUAACGCGAAGACCAAUCGCAAUGAUAAUUCAUCCCGUUUCGGCAAGUACAUGGACGUUCAGUUCAAUUUUCAGGGAGAUCCAGUCGGUGGAAAUAUCCUAAAUUAUUUAUUGGAGAAGUCUCGAGUGGUCCAUCAAUCAGUGGGCGAACGAAAUUUUCAUAUCUUUUAUCAGCUUUUAGCAGGCGCGGACGAUGACACGUUGAGAAAAUUAUUCUUAAAGAGGAAUCUCGAUACUUUCUUCUACUUGAGUAACGGGACAAAAGGAACAGUGGAUACCAUCGACGAUACUAAUCAGUACAAAGAAGUCGUCCGGGCGAUGAAGACUAUGGAAAUGUCUCAGCAGGAGCAGAACGACCUGUUUGCUAUAGUCGCGUCGGUGCUGCACAUGGGUAAUGUGGGUUUCUCGGAGGAGGAUGGAGUGGCAACUAUUCUGAAACCUGUAUCUGUCAAUGCCAUCGCUAUGCUGCUAGGAUGUGACGUGAACCAACUGGAAAAGGCAUUUACUCAUCGUACCAUAGAUGCUCACGGUGACGUGGUGGUUUCACCCUUGAAUAGGGAAUUGGCUAUUUAUGCGAGAGACGCGCUAGCGAAGGCCGUGUACGAUAGAUUAUUCACCUGGCUCGUGACUAGACUCAACAAAUCUCUACAGCCUCAGACCAAUCCUCGACGCAAAAUGGUCAUGGGCAUUUUGGACAUUUACGGCUUUGAAAUCUUUCAGAAGAACAGUUUUGAGCAGUUCUGCAUUAAUUUUUGCAAUGAGAAAUUGCAACAGCUGUUUAUCCAACUGACACUGAAGUCAGAACAGGAAGAAUAUCUGCGCGAAGGGAUAACCUGGGAGAACAUAGAUUAUUUUAAUAACAAGAUCAUCUGUGACUUGAUUGAAGAGAAGUAUAAAGGAAUAAUAUCAUUAAUGGACGAAGAAUGUUUGCGACCUGGAGACACGACGGACAUAAGCUUCUUGGAGAAAUUGAAUGUAAAUUUGAACAACCAUCCUCACUACAUUAGCCAUCAGAAAGCUGACAUACAAACGCAAAAGAUUAUGGGACGAGACGAAUUCAGAUUAGUGCAUUACGCUGGUGAUGUUACGUACAAUGUUCGUGGAUUUCUCGAGAAAAACAAUGAUUUACUAUUUCGAGAUUUACGUGAAGUUAUGUCGCAUACUACGAAUUCCAUUACAAAGACUGUAUUUGAUGUGAAAGAUUUAACCAGUAAGAAACGUCCAGAGACCGCCAUAACUCAAUUUAAAAACAGUUUAAAUAAUCUGGUUGAGAUUCUCAUGGGUAAAGAACCGUCUUACAUUCGUUGCAUCAAACCUAACGAUUUUAAAAUGGCCCAUGAAUUCAACAAAAAGAUCGUGCUACACCAAGUGAAGUAUUUAGGUCUGAUGGAGAAUCUGCGGGUGAGACGUGCCGGUUUUGCAUAUCGAAGACCGUACGAGCAAUUCUUGCAGCGUUACAAAUGUCUCUGUUCGGAAACUUGGCCGAAUUACUAUGGUCCGGCAAAGGAAGGCGUACAAACGCUCGUGUGUCAUCUCGGCUACGAGUAUGACGAGUACAGGAUGGGAAACACAAAGUUGUUCAUCCGUUUUCCUAAAACGUUAUUCGAUACGGAGGAUGCGUUUCAAAUGAAGAAACACGAAAUAGCCGCCAUUAUCCAGAGUAAAUGGAAAGCUAUAUUAAUGAGGAGGAAAUAUUUAGAGAUACGAGAAGCAGCGAUUGUGUUCCAGAAAAACAUUCGCAGGUGGCUUGCGAAACGCAAAGCCAAAAAACGGCAACAAGCGGUUAUCACUAUCCGCAGAUUUAUUGAAGGCUUCAUCACGCGAGAUGGACCGCCUACGGAAAUUAAUAAGGCAUUUAUCGAGUUGGCGAAAUCGCAAUGGCUCAUUAGACUUUCGAAGACAUUGCCACCAGGUGUCUUAAAUAAAUAUUGGCCAUCAUGCCCAUAUUCUUGUCAAGAGGCAUCAGAGCAUUUGCAUAUAAUGCACAGGCGAUGGAAAGCUCGUUGUUAUCGAAUGGCAUUAAAUAAGGAAGAUAAGGAACACUUUGAGUUGAAGAUCCUCGCGGAGUCUCUAUUCAAAAAUAAAAAGAAAUCUUAUACGAAGAGUGUAGGUCUGAGAUUUGUAACCGAUCGUCUUGGUGAGGAGUAUAAGGCACUGCGACAGAGCUUUAUCAACAACAUUUUAACUUCCGGAGAAAACAUAAAGUACGCCACUCCCGUCAUUAAAUAUGAUCGGCACGGAUAUAAACCACGCGAGAGAGUACUUAUUUUAACCGAGAAUGCCGUAUACAUUCUCGACACACUUAAGACCUUUAAGCUCAAACAUCGCCUCCCUUACAAGGCUAUCGAGGAGCUGGUUGUCACCGGGGAAUCGGAUAAUUUACUCAUCGUUAGGAUACCACCUGAAUUGAAAAAGGAUAAGGGUGACUUGAUCUUAGAAGUUCCGCAUUUAAUAGAAGCAUUGACAAAAGCGAUUGAUAUUACUAACAAUCCGAACAUUGUUAAGAUCGUCAAUACCGAAUCUGUGUCCCACAAACUAGUCAGUGGUAAGGAGGGAGUCAUUGAAGUUAGGACUGGUACCACUCCCGCAAUUAGUAAAAAUCGACAGAGCGGACAUUUAUUAGUAGUCGCUUCCCCGUAAAAUUAUUCCAAACAGGAGAAUUUCUCGGGAACUGAAAGAACUGGUGCUAUAAUACAUGAAGCAUCCUUAACACAAUGUGAUUUAGAGAAUAUAUAAUGAAACAUCGAGAAGAGAUAAUAUAUGAUACUUUAAUACAUCUUUAAAUUAUUCCGGUAAUUUUGGACGGAAAAGUGAUAAAAUGACAAUAUAUAUAGAAAGGUCUUUCAUUCCGACGUACAAAUUACGUCAAAUUCUUGUUUCAAAUAUGAAAGACGCAGAGUGCCAUAGAGGCCUCCUGUAUAAUAUUUUCUUGUAAAUUAGAUAAUAUUAUUAAACAAUAUUUAUUUUGAUAGAAAUAAAGAUAAAACCGAUAGGAUAGGCGAAUUCACUUGUCAGUAAUUUAUAAAUAUUAUUUAAAUAUAAGUUAAACUUCAGUUAUGUGAAUGCAAUAAACAGAAAAAAAUUCACAUCUCACUCCGUACCGUAUUCCUUUUCAAUAGAUAAUCUCAAAUAGAACAAUAUUACUUAAUUGAGGAAAAAAAAUAUAUAUAUACACA